UUGGAGACCUCCUGCACGUCACACCAGUAGGUUGUCGUCAGGUGAAAAGAGAGGGAGCGGGACUUAAUGGUUUUAGCAAUGAAAACAAUUUGUAAAAACUAAAACGUUUCCAUGUCCGCUAAUUGUUUCGUCGAUUAUUACUAGGUUGUGCAACAGUGAACAAACUCACGAUGAAGAUCUCCGACCUGAGUGUAAUGCGCAUGGCUGUGUUGCAGCAUCUUCGUACUAUUUAUGGAAUCAAGCUGAAGUCUUCACUGACCAUCAGAGACGAUUCAAACACUGGGACACCAUGCCAUGGGGAAAGUUCGAUACACAUUUUUGGUGUCCCACUGGAAAAUGUGUAUGCAUGUGAGGUAACAGAAUAUGGACUAGUGCCAAGAUUUUUGGUGGAUGCUUGCCAACACCUUUCAAAGUAUGCCGACACUGAAGGCUUGUUCAGGAAAUCUAGCUCUGUCAUACGCCUGAAAUCCCUCAAGGCCAAGCUGGAUCAGGGUGAAGAGUGCCUCUCCACAGCCCUCCCUUGUGAUGUGGCUAGCCUGGUGAAGCAGUUUUUCCGUGAGCUGCCAAGCCCCAUCUUUCCAGCGGAGUUGCACCAGGCUCUGCUCCAAGCACAGCAGCUCCCCUCUGAGAAGGAGAGGGCCUCGGCCACCCAGCUGCUGUCCUGUCUCCUGCCUGAUACAAAUGCGGUGACUCUCCGGUUCCUCUCCUGCUUUCUCAACAGGCUCUCGCAAAGAGCUACUGAGAACAAAAUGACUGCUUAUAACUUGUCAGUGAUCUUUGCUCCAAACCUUUUCCCCUUCAACACUGGUUCAAAAGCUGUUGAGGGCCAUGAUAAACUUGAAGUUGCCGUCAUGAACACUUUCAUUGAAAAUGCCCACAACAUUGGUGUUCUCCCUGAGGUCGUUGUGGAAACGGUCCCUUCACUACUAGAUGCAGGUAUGUUAGAGGAGAUGGACAUGGAUCGGAGGAGGAAGAGGAGAGGAAGACUCUCUGAUGCAGGUUCAGCCUUGCUUACAUCCGUGCGGAGGACCCCCAGUUCCAAUGCAAGGCAUUCCUCUCAGGCUUCGACAGAAGGGUACCAGACCAGAAAGAGACCGAGAGAGAGAAGAAGCUUCUGCUUGGGGAUGCUUCCACGAGUUCUUUUCAAUUCGGGCACAUCUGAAUCAUCCCCUUUGUUAACUGAAAACGAAAGACCUAGUGCUUCACAACCAAACCGAUCUGCAUCAGUGUACCAAAAAGUUAGAAGAGCCGUCAAAGGAAACAUCAGCCGUUUGUCAUCAAACAAACAAGAGGAACAUUGCACACCAAUCCCAUCAGCUUUGCCGUCACUAAACCUGCCUACUGAUACACCUGUGGAAAUAACUUCAGGAAACACCCGGAAGCCUGAGGCCGCUCCCAGGAAAAGCUCCUCUUUCUCCAGCAUACUGAAGACACUGUGCUGUCUUUCCGAUCCAGGCCACUCCGAGGAGCCUGAACUUUGUUCGUCUAAAGCCUGUGACCUUACUGAAGAUGGUGGCCGUGUGGUUAUGGAUUCUCAAAACAAUAACGCGCCGCAAAUCAAUCCUAAUGCCAGAGAUGAAGACCAAGCACGUUCAGCAGCACCCACCGUGUCACCGUGUGUCACUCCAGUUGGGUCUGUUUUUCUGGUGGACACAGGAGCGUCACUGUUUCAGACCCCCACUUCCCCAACUCUCAAAUUUGAGUUUAACUGUCAAGCGAGAGAAUUGAGAGAGUCAAAAUAUGAAGUAACGGUAAGAGUAACAACUCCAGAUGGAAGUUCCAAAGAUUUGGUGGUACAUGAACAAAGCCGUGACGCCCCAGAGGUUGAUGUCCAGAAGCUAGAACUGCUUUGUGGCGUUCAAGAAGAGAAUGAGGCAUGCGGAUUGGUACCUAACCAGGACCAAGCGAGAGCAUGUCUACUGGAGCCAACUGCUGGUACUGCACAGCCUGUGUUGGGUUUACCAACAGACCCAAAGCCUCACCCAGGCAGGGUGGCAGCCCACGUUAAAAUCUUCAGCAGUUUUCACGUGAUAACGCCAAAAGGCUUCCGAUCCCCUCUUAAUUUUCAAAGGACCCCUGUUUACCAGUAUGUGAAGAGGAUUAACUCGUUCAUAGAGAGAAGUUGCAUGGACAGGGGUAGUUACAGAGGGUCUUCUUUGAAGCCCAACGAAAUGGGUGCAAUCAGAGUGCUUAGCAACAGUGGUAAUGUAGGCAGUGGACGGUACGGCAUCCCCGUUGCACCUGUUUUCCGCCGCUCUAUUUACAUGUCAGCGUCCGUGAUGGACUUGACAAUCAGGAGGACAUUUGCCGUUUUCCUGAGCCUGGUGGUGGGUUUGUUAGCCGUCGUUUCAGGCCACAGCCCCCGCACGGCGGACCAAGUGUCAGAUGGUGAUAUCCAGCGCCUGCUUCAUGGUGUGAUGGAACAGCUGGGUAUCGCUCGCCCUAGGGUAGAGUACCCAGCGCAUCAGGCCACCAAUAUUGUAGGCCCUCAAAGUAUCCAAGGUGGAGCCCAUGAGGGCCUUCAACACCUUGGACCAUACGGCAACAUCCCCAAUAUUGUGGCAGAAUUAACAGGGGACAACGUUCCCAAAGACUUCAGUGAAGACCAUGGGUACCCCGACCCCCCCAACCCCUGCCCACUAGGAAAGACAGCGGCAGAUGGGUGUUUGGAGAAAGCCCCAGACACUGCAGAGUUCAGCCGUGAGUUCCAGAAGCAUCAGCACCUCUACGACCCAGAGCAUGAUUACCCAGCCAUGGCCAAGUGGAACAAGGAGCUGUUGUAUGGAAAACUUAAGGGUGGACCAAAGAGAAGAAAAAGGAGCGUCAACCCGUACCUGAUGGGGCAGCGGCUGGACAAUGUGGUUGCCAAGAAAUCAGUGCCACAUUUCUCUGAGGAAGAAGACACAGUCACCAGCAAGCCUCAACCCUGAUCCACACAAUCACAAUAGUCAUAGGCCUACAUUACAACGUUAAAACAGUGUCAAGACAGAAAUGUAUUUCAAUAAUUCUUCACUGAAUCUGAAAACUUUUAGAUGGGCUAAAGAGCCCUCAUUCAACACUUAUAGUAUGCUGUUGCACUCACAUUUGGCUAAGCAGCUGUUGUAUAUUAAAAUUCUAUCUAUUAAAAUCUAACUAUGUUCUUAUGCA